AUGGCCCUACCGUACCUGCUUCGUUCGUGGGGGAGGGGGGGGAGGCCUACCUGCCCGAUCUUCUCCAUAUAUACGCCUAUCGAUAUAUGGUGGGACGAGGGGAAUAAGCUUUGCAAUGCAGGUGGUACAAGUAGACGGUCCUGGUCCGAGAGCUACAUUGACGAAUUUACAAGCUUACGGGCACUGGGGAACUGGGAAGCUGCCUGGAUGUCGGGGGAGACUUUAAUUAGGAGCAUACUGAGCACGGACCUGAGACAUGUACAAAGACGGUCCUGGUCUAACAUCUCUAUUGACAGAUUUACAAGCUCGCAGAUACAUACUGGGUGGGAAACUGGGAGUCGGGAGACCUUAAUUAGAAGCAUGCAUGUACUGAGCACCAUGUAUGCUGUUACACUGGUAUACCUCUCGAACAACUACGAUACCUGCGCCUAUUUUGAAACAGGCAUACCACUGUCCAGAACAAACGCAAAACUCCGACAAUCUUCCCAACAGGGCUUCUGCUAG